AUGUCCAGAUUAGUCAGUCCGAAAAAUCAUGAUUUCUUAGCUAUCCUAAAAGGAGCAAGAAACGGUUUAGUAUAUGGUAUCAAAAUUCGAUUCCCUCAUGCUUUAGUGAUGACACUUUUGUUCUCUAAGAAAUCAUGGCCUCAGAAAAUCCGAUCCGUCUUUACAGCCACCCGAACACACGCUAUAAACCUAGCGAAAUUCGUAACGUUGUAUAAAACAUUCUUGUUAAUUCAACGACGAUUGAACGGUGGUAAAGAGAGGGAUUUAGAUACUUUCAUUGCUGGUGGACUUGGCGGUUGGUGGGUUUUUGGCGAACGUACAGCUAUAAACGAACAAAUAGUUCUCUACGUAAUGUCCCGUACCCUCUUCUCACUCCUUCCUCGACUUUAUUCCACUCAUCCUCCCGCACCUCUUAACCCUGUUGCACCUCUCUCUCAUCCUUUACCAAAUCUGACAAGCCCCGCGGCUAACCCACCUCCUAUACCUCCUGCGCAACUACCAUUCGGGGUCGUAGCUGCGUUGAGCUGGGCGGGGGUGAUGUAUAUGUUCAGACAUAGAGCAGAGAGGAUACAACCUGGUAUGUGGAGUAGUAUGAAAUACCUCUACCACGAUUCUGAAAUAUGGCAUGAUCUUCGGACGUUGUUAUGGCAUAACAUUUAG